GUACCAAACAUUAGGCCAUAAAUGCAGUCUCAAAAUUUUGAAUUUGAUAUAUGGAUGUUCACAGCUUUGCUUUUAUGAAUGCAAACUGCAGAGUCUUUGAUAAUACAAUGAUCAAAGGUAUCUCACUUUCACUUCCUUUCAGAUCAACAGUAUACAUCAAAUUUCAAUUCCCUUUGUUCAUCCUAAUCUAUUUUCUUGGAUUAUGUUGUUUUCUAUGCUCCAACAGCCGAUUUAACCUCCUUUUUUUCCUUUUUCUUCGUCUCGACAAUGAUUCCUGAUGCUCUUGAAAAUAUUAUUAGUUCUGUUUGUUCGGGCCCAAACAGUUCCCAAUAAUUUACAUCAAACUGUACUUCAUGUUGUAGUGGUUUAUUAGCAUGAUUAAUUCUCAAAUAUUGAUGUUCUAGAAAAGCAGUCUUCUAUGUAGAAAGAACAGACGAACAGUAGUACACAUAAUUACUAUUCAACUAGAACUUUGAGACUAUAUGCAGGCCAUAUAGUUCCAAAGCUAUCAAAACAAGAGGCAAGUCUCAGAGGACUCUAUGGAGGAAAAGGUUAGAAGAACCUGCCUCGCAUCCUCAGCUCCAUCAAAGCACAAGACACUGGAAGAAAUAAUAUCAUAUGUCCUGCCAUAUAUUUGAUGAGCACAGGUGAAGCUCAACGAAGCCGGCUGCAGACAGAAAUAAUAGUAUAUAACUCUUGCUAUCUGGUUCUCGCCGUGCUCAAGGUUGAAGCCAUGGUCAGCAUCAAGCUCCUGCAUCUUUCUCUAGCAGCAGUUCUCCUCUUCGGUUGCCAAUCCUGCGAUGGGAAGGUGAUGAUGGAAUAUAUAGGAGCCACCGGGAAUCCAGUGAGGCUCUCCGACGUACCGGUCGAUCCCAACAUCGACUUCCACUUCAUUCUGAGUUUUGCCAUCGACGCCGACCCCUCCGGCGCCCCUCAGAACGGCGUCUUCUCCCCCUACUGGGUCUCCACCCUCACCCCAACUGCUGUCCGAGCCAUGAAAGCCGACCACCCCAACGCCAAGUUCCUCGCGAGCCUCUCCGGUUGGUCCCUCGGCGACAAGGUCCUCCGGUGGUACAACCCGACCGACCCCUCGUCGUGGAUCUCCAACGCCUUCGCCUCUCUCAAGUCACUCGCGGCCGAGUACCACCUCGACGGCAUCGACAUCGACUACGAGGUGUUCCCGAAGAAUGACACAACCUUUACCUUCUGCAUCGGGGAGCUGCUCACCCAGCUCAAGGAGCAGGGCGUGAUCACCGUGGCCACCAUCGCGCCCUACCACGACAUCGCCUGGCGCUACGCCGAGCUCUUCCGGCGUUACGGCGGCGUCAUCGACUACGUGAACUACCAGUUCUACACCGAGCGUGUGAGCCGGCCGAGCGGAUACCAGGAGGCAUUUGCGCUGCGGGCGAAGCAGUUCGACGCGACGAAGCUGCUGCCCAGUUACGAGGUGAACGGAAGAGGGAUUCAGGGCGACUCGUUCUUCGACGCCCUACGGCUGCUCGAGUGCAAGGGAUUCGAGGUGAACGGGGUGAUGGUGUUCUCGGCGGAUGCUUCCUCGUCCAACGGGUACUACUACGAGAGGAAAUCUCAAGCCUUCUUGCUCGACAACAGCACCAAUUGUGAUGCUCGGCUCUGAUGUCUCCAAGUGUACUCGACCACCACGAGGCAAUCAUGAUUGCAUCGGGUCAAAUCCGACUCUUAUCCUUAUCGAGACCUGUUACGAUUUCUAAUUGGCCAAUGGGAAGCAGAGAAGUGCCAAUCGUGGCUUCAGGUCACAUUCGAUUCAUGGACUCGGUACGGUUUCUAAUUGGCCAAUGGGAAGAGGAGGAGUGCGUCGGAAGCUCAUCGUAAGUACCAUGCAAUCGGGGAUUCGGGUCAAAUCCGGAUCCGUAUUUGAUUCGAAUCAUUAGGUUUUCUGUUUGGCCAAUGGGAAGAGGAGGAGUGCGUGGGAAGCUAUGUACGAAACGCGACACGACUAACGGCACGAGUCGAUCACGUGCCUAUAUAAACCUCGCUUCCUCCCCUCCCCCCCUUUCCUUCUUCGUUACCCACAGGGUCAAGGGCGGCGCACUGAUCUACGCUUUGAUAGAGCUCCCCAGGCGGUUCUGCUUGCAUAUCAAAUGUCUUUUGACAUCAGAACGGACUAUCCUAGUUUUAUUUGGUGCGACUUUCGGUUCAUAUGCCGUAGUCUGUUGUUUUGUUGUCGUAGAGCAUUAUUUCGGCACUGGACUUGAUAAUUCAGAGAUUUUGGCUCGGAGCUGAACUUAAUCCAAAGGUUUCCAUUUCUGAGCCAACAAAGGUUUUCGCUGCUGAGGAUACUUUUGAGAAGCACAGUUAUACUGUUAUUGUUGUUUGGCUAUAUCAAAUUUUAAGUCUCAUUAUAGUAUUAUAGACAAGAGAUCGUGAUGGCUAAGACCAACCUCCCACCGGGCUUCCGUUUUCACCCCACUGAUGUUGAGCUUGUUUGGUACUACUUGAA